UUUUGAAACAAAUAUAUGCUACCUGUGUUACAAUUCAAGGAAUUAGGAUUCUUGAGAUUAGAGUUUAAAAGUUCUUGGCUAAAAGAAUCACAAAUUCGCGAAUGGCCAUUGAUAUCCUCACCAUUUCCAUUAAUGUUCAUCAUUUCUGGAUAUUUGUAUUUUGUUCUUUAUGGUGGUCCACGCUACAUGAAGAAUCGACCACCGUAUAAAUUGAAAACGUUUAUAUUGCUUUAUGACUUAAUACAAAUUUUGGUGAACUUAUGGUUUGUAAAAGAACAUAUAGCUUUUGGUUGGUUUUCAAAGUAUAAUAUAAUAUGUUUACAAUUACCAACUCCGGAUUCUUCAAAUACAUAUAGAAUCUGGAAUACUUUGUGGUGGCUAUUUUUAUUGAAAAUAUUCGAUUUAGUUGAAACUUGUAUAUUUGUAUUAAGAAAGAAACAGAAUCAGGUUUCUAAUUUACACGUGCAUCAUCAUGUAUCUAAUUUAAUUUUCUGCUGGAUUUAUUUCCAAUACUUUCUGGAGGAGAGGGUGACUUUUCUUUCUCUGCUAAAUUGUGCUGUGCACGUAAUCAUGUAUACAUAUUAUUUGAGCUCUGCCCAAAUAGGCCCAAAAUAUCAAUCAAUUUUACAUUUUUUGAAACCUUUUAUAACUAAAAUACAAAUGAUACAGUUUUUUGUGAUGACAGCAUAUCUACUACAAAUUUUAAAUCCAGCUUGUGAAUUACGUUUAAAACUGUCUUUAUCUCUUAACGUUAUAACAUCUGUAUUUAUUGGAAAUUUACUCUUAUAUCUUUACUUAUUUUAUGAUUUUCAUAAAAACAAUUAUACUAAUACACCUAAAGGGAAAAACAAUUAAUAUCAAGAAAUAAUACAUUAUGUACCAAUAACAUCCGACAAAAUUUGAUUUUCGUUUCUAACACGAAUAAUCAUUUUCAAUGUUUUUUCGCUUAUUAAGU